AUGGACAUGGAAAGAGCCCAAUUCGUUCUAACUCAGUCUUCAUUGGCAUCUGAAUCCGCCGUUGAGUCUAAUGCCGGUGAAAGUAGAUCUGGUGACAGGAUUCUUGAGUAUAUGCUCAAACGUCCAACCAUUCCUGCACAUGAACCGCUAGAAACAAAGGCCAACAGCCGCCAGCAGUCAUUACGAUUUAUACCAUCAAAACCAGAAAAGGUUCUCGAUGCACCUGAACUCAUCAACGACUACUACCUAAACUUAAUGGAUUGGUCCAUCCAUUCUGACAUUGCCGUUGCCCUUGAUCGGGAGGUCUACUUAUGGAACGCCCUCUCAGGGAACAUCAAACUGCUCAUGUCGGCUGGUUUAGACGAGGAAUACAUCACGAGUCUGCGCUUUUCCCCACAGGACGCUAAUAUUCUCGCCAUUGGAACCAACUUUGGCCGUAUUCAACUUUGGAAUGUUAACGAAGGUUCCCUGCAGAGAACGAUGCUUACUGGUGAUGGCGCUCCGGCCAGGAUCCCUGCCCUAGCCUGGAGGGAUCAUCUCGUCACGUCAGCAUCACGCACUGGGGAAAUUCGACAACAUGACAUUCGGAUAGCGAGGCACGAAGUGGGAUAUUGCAACACACAUACACAAGAGGUCUGUGGUCUUGAGUGGUCACCUGAUAGUCGGUAUUUGGCCUCUGGUGGUAACGACAAUCUCGUUUGUGUCUUCUCUGCAAACGAAGUAACAAAACUGUCGGGAGUGCGACCAGAACACAUGUUCAACGACCACUUGGCGGCAGUUAAGGCCAUCGCCUGGUGUCCUUGGAAACCGAGCCUUCUUUCCACAGGUGGUGGGACGGCAGAUCACCAUCUUCGUUUUUGGAAUGUCUGCAGCGGUUCCUCUGUGCGCGCUGUUGACGUCGAAACUCAGGUCUCUGGAAUUAUUUGGAAUCAAGAAUAUCGCGAAUUGAUAACCAGUCACGGCAAUGGUAGUCUUUGCAUUUGGAAAUAUCCGAGUAUCCAAAAGGUCAAAAACCUCGCCGAACACCAGGACCGGGUGCUAUCAAUCGUUGCUUCUCCCGAUCGUGAGAUGGUGGCGAGUUGUUCAGCCGACGAGACCAUACGGAUCUGGCACUGUUUCAAGGUGGACGAAGCCAAGAAACGAAUGGAAGAAAAAAGAUUAAUGCCGAUAUUUUCAUUGCCGCGGCCAAUUCGAUAG